AUGAAUCCGAUGACAACUUAUAGUAAUUUAAACGAUGGCAUUACAACAAGAAGAUAUACUGGAUUUCCUUUGAAUUCAACACUCGUUAGUGCUUAUACACCUGAUACAAUAAGAAAUAUUAUUACCCAUGCAGCUGCCGGGCAACCCUACACUACUGCUGUAUGGAUAAGAGUCAGUCGAAUGGGUAUUCGUAUAAAUGCUCAAAACCCACAAGUGGCAAGUACCCGUGUACCAGUAUUUAUACCAAUAUCACUGGUACAUGACAUUUUUAUUCAACCAAACAUUCCAAAUGUGAUUUGUAUUGUUUACGAUGAAAUACAAUCGAAGAUGAAAGGUGUUUUGUUGUACGUUGUUCAGUCAGCCGAUGCAGUUUUACUCAGAGAAGAUAUUCGUGCUAUUAAACAGCAAGUAUCUGUGCAUACACCAGCACCCUACGUGAACCCGUUCGAUUCUCGUUUUGCAAAUACAAAUGUAAUUGGUCGCAGCCAAAUACCACCACCGUAUUCUACUUAUCUGCCACCACACAGCCAAGAUCAACCACUUCGUUUAGAACCCAAUAUGUUACAACGGAUAUCGCCACCCGUAGCUGAAGUUUACAGAGGCAACGUCACGGAGCCUCCAACACCUAUGCGCCGAGUUGUUUACUUAAAAAAUGGUUCAGCUCGCGUUUCACCCACAGGUCCAUAUUCAGACUUACCACAACUGGGUUGCGCACCGUCAAAAGGUAGCUAUAAUGGUCACGAACGACGUAGAAGUCCUCGAAAAAAGCAUCAUACCAAACCAUCGACUGAUAGUGGUAGCAGACAUCGGCGAAAAGUUCCUUUAGAGCGCUCAAGAUCAUUGGAAAAAAACCAACAGAUUAAGGCUGAUUCUAACCAUUUACUAAAAAAUGGUCAUCAAAGUACAGACACAGAUUCCAAAAAUUUGUCACCUCAACAACUUCAACAGAUUUUGUAUCAACAACAACAACAACAAAUCGCAGCAAUGAUGGCAAUGCAAAAAGCAAAUCAAGUUCCAAUAGUGCCAUUGGGUAUCUAUAACAGAUACGUGCCAAAAACGAUACCAUUACCAUCGGGUGAUACAAUCAAAACAACUGUUCCGCAGCCACCAAUCAUAAAUGGAAAUGAUCAUAAUCAAACACUGAAUAGUAGAGGAGAAGCUUUUCUUCACCAUGAGCAAAAUGGUCUAAUAAAUAAUCAUUCAAAAUCAAGAUCAGUCUCACGUUCAUCAUCAAGAAAUCGACAAAAAGCUCGACCGGCAAGUGUUCAACAUCCGUUCGAAAUAUUAGAGACGCGUCAUCACCAUCACCACCAUCGACAUUCUCACAAAAUACCACCAAAUGGUGCUAAUUGGGGAGCAAUGACAGUGAAAGGUUUAUCAACACGUAAUCGUCGAAAAUAUAGUGACAGUAAAGAAACCAAACAAUAUUUAAAACAGUUACUUGACGAAGUACAAAACGUUAAAACCGAAAUGAACAGAAUAAAACAAACAGCCGUAAUGAAAAAUCGUCCUGAUUCAUUAAAAAUUGAUUUAAGAGAGAUCAAACCAGAUAUUGAACAAAUUCGAAUAAGAGCAAAUAAUUGA